AUGCCACGUCAAAGUAAAAAAAUUUCGAAAGAUCCAAAUGCGCCUAAACGACCAUUAUCAGGGUAUUUCUUAUUUGCACGUGAUGAACGACCAAAAAUUAAAUUGACACAACCAAAUGUUGCUAUAACAGGUAAGAAAAAUCGUGAAGUAAUGAAAGUAAUCGGUCAACGAUGGUCAAAUUUAGAUGUUGAUCUCAAAAAACAAUAUGUUAAGUUAGCAGCAGAAGAAAAAAUUCGAUAUGAUCAAGAGAUGGCUGUUUAUCGGCGAAAAACAGCGAUUACAAACUCCAUUGUAUCGAUGGACAACCAAGUAUCCGUCAUCGAAUAA